AUGAAGAACAUCCUCAAGAAGCUGCACAUCGUCCCGAACGAAUCAGAUGGCAUCCCGAAACCUGACCUGGAUGGGUCAUCGUCCUCCAAAGGUGGGGGCAGCAGAAGGAGCAGAACAGCGUCCCCAUCUCGGCGCAACUUUCAGCUGCUCUCUGACCAGAAACCCUUGUCGGGACUCUCAAACUGGUUGAGUUCCGUGACAAACAGGCAUGGUGGCUCCUCAACUUCGCCUCCCGUUAAUAUGGAUACCACUUCAUCGUCUUGUUCACCCUCUCCGUUAGAUAUCAGUAGGGACAGGGAGAGGCUCGGCGAUGGUUCACCUAGCUACCAUUUUCCUGGCUCAGACUUUGUGCAGGAAGUACCUGCUGGAUGCUCUUUGAUGAACGAGUCAGGGGCUAUGGACGUGGAAGCAUACCAAAUACAGCUUGCACUUGAGUUAAGUGCAAAGGAAGACCCGGAAGCUGUUCAGAUCGAGGCUGUGAAGCAAAUCAGUCUAGGUUCGUGUCCUGCGGAGAACACGCCAGCAGAAAUUGUUGCUUACAGAUACUGGGUUAGUGACCUUUUGGUUUUGUAAUUCAGCAGAAUCAUAUAUUGUAUAAAUAAAUGCUUUCCUCUGUUUGACAUUCCGGAAGUCUCUGGCUCCUAAAAUCGUGAUAAUUAACGCAGUUAUUGUUCAGAUGCAAUUUCCAUGUCAUCUCUGAUGCAAGACCUCCAGUGCACUGGUUUCCUCUUUGAUUUUCUUUGUUAUGCAUUAUGGGAUUAGGAAAUCUUGCUUCUCCGGGAGUUCAUGUCCAAGGAUCAAUCCAAAUUCUUGGAUCAUGUGACCUUUUCAGGGAAUAUUAUUCUAACUGUUAGUCGUUGACAUCAAAAGGAUCAAUAAAAUAUCUCGAAGGUUUAAACCUGGUGAAUCAUAAUCCUGUAGUCUUCUUCUGUGAGGACAGCUCCUCCCAAAAAGGAUAGAAAGGAUAGAAGUGGAAGAGUAAAAGGGGACAGAGAGUAUGUCAUAAUAAACCUAGGAUGGCGUAGAAAAAUCCUCUCUACCAAGUAUUACUCAAAAUGCAGUCAGCACCCUCUCUUUUGGCUGGAAUGAAUGCGAACCAUUAAAUCCCAUAGGCCCCUGUUUAUCACAGAAGAAGUCAUUCAUUUGGAGAACGUAGAGAUUUUCGAAUUCAGCCCUAUAAACUAUCUUGAAUUCUUGUGAAAAAAGUGUACCAUCAGUAAUGAUUUUUAGAAAAUGAAAAGGAAUAUAUCUGGCUGAAAUCUGGAUGAAAUAACCUAUGAGGACAAUGAUCUGCUUGAAAUGUUCAUUGGCUCAUAAACGUUUAUGCCACAGGUUGUAAUACAUGAAUCACAUUCUGGCCCUUUCUUGAUAGCAGGCAUAGGCAAUUUACAAUACUUUCUGAAACAAAGUAUAUUUUGUUUGGCUUUUGGCCACUCGUAUCAAGCAAAUUUGUCACAUUGUAAAUAAGGUAUCAGUAUGUCUAUAUAACCUGGUCUUUCAAAAGAAAAAAAAUCUUCAAGCAACAAUUUCCAUGUACCCUGUUUGGUUAAUGCUAAUUACCUUCCAGGGUAAGAAAGAGGAUGAUGCCAUGAAAUAAACUUACAAAAGUGACUCAAAUGAGGGCAGGCAAAAUGCAUGAAACGGGAAUAAUUGGAAAAUCAUAGGUUGCGAGAAGCAGAGAGAAAUUUCUUCAUAGCAAUGGGCGGAUAAUGUAAAAAUGACAGCGAAGAAUCAAAAUAACGAUAGCUGAAGAAAGGGGACUGGAGAAAAACCAAUUUUCACGGUUGGCAGUCUUAAAAAGGGGAAGCUGAAAGUUGUCUUAAUUAUGAUAGUAGACUAAUGAUUGGAAGGCAAAACUGCAUUGAGGAACAGUUUCCUGACUUCUAUAAACAGUUGUUUCGACAAGAAGAAACUUGGAGGGCCCAGAUGGUGAAGGAAGUUAUUUCAACAGCCAAUCAAACUGAAGCAAGUGACCUUAUAGGCCCAUUAUGAAGGAUAAAAUGGAGUUAGUUUUUAUUGUGAUUCCAGGAAUUCUCUGGAUUCAAAUUUCUUUCACUUGGGUUCCCAUCAGCAUUGUUUUAUGGCUGGGGUAAGUGAUUUUGGUGACAAACCGCUCCAUCAAGCAUUUGAUUUCUUUCUGUCCUGAUGCUGAAAAGGGAUCCAUGAAGCUGGCCGAGUUCGUGCCAAGAAGCUUGCAAAUGUGCCAAAAAUUCGAUAUAAAACUGUUGAGUUAGUGACUGAAAGGAGUCCCAGACAAGAUCCAUGGUCCAAACCUUUGUUAAUAAAACACUACUAUCAUGAGAGCAACGGGGUUUUUUCUAAUAGGUAUGUAGGGUUAACUUUGUCAGAUGAGCCCCCGCUCCAAGUAUUAAUGUAAGGGGAUGAAUCUCAUAAAAUGAGAUGGGGUCUAUAAAAGUCAAAGAAAAGUAUUCUAGCUGGUCACGGUCAAAGUAUUCUGUAAUGAUGGUGUAGAAGAGUAGUUGUGCAGAGUGGGGGCAUAGUAGGAUCUCACAUGAUCCAAGAUUGAAGACAGGAUUCUACUGGAGUAAUCACUUUUUCCCUUAAUGCUGAUAAACGUUCCUAUGGCAUAUGAUUCCUCAGUGACUAUAUAUUUUCAGAUGGUAAAUGAUAACUUUACGGAUCUUAGGGAGGAAAGAUCAUGGUAAGCUAUAGUUUUUGGAUAUAGUUGUAUUGCAUCAAGUUUCUUUGAACAAAGGGAGCACAAAUCUACCUGAUGUACAGUAAACCAUGUAAAGAAACACGAAUGCCUAAUUUUAUGCAGGGUUAACGGAUUAUUCUUUUUGUUGCUGGUUGGAGCUUUCCAAAGACAUUGAACUUUAAGGACGAUACUAGAAAUUAUGCAUGGGAUGCCAGAGGCAAGUUUUCGGUUGUUUCACUGUGAAUAAUUUUAGUGACAGAGAAUGAAGAGUUUGGUGAAAAAGUGGAUUCCACUGCCUGUUGAAUUCAAGUUUUUAUAUGGAGAACCGCAUAGUCGAUUACCAAUUCAUGAUUUCUCAAAAAUAUCUUUCAAAUAUAUGGAGUCCUCUGAUUUUCGUGGCUCUUAAACACAAGCUAUUGAUAUCUGUUGCAAAAGAAAAGGAGGAGGUUCUGAAGAACGGUCAGGCGAUAUCAUCAUUUCUAUGACAACAUUGUUUCAUCUUGGUGGAAUAUGAUUGGGGCAUCUUAUUUGAUCCUAGUUUUCUUGUCUUCUGAGCUUUAUCUGGGAUUUUGAAAACCGUGUGCUUUUCUUUGGCCAUAUAUUUCCUUAAACAAAGUCGAAUAUAACUGCUCUUUAUACACCUGAAAACACUGAUCCAAAAUUACGACGAAAAUGUCCUGUCUCCACGAAUCUGAAUAAGGGUCUUUCGUGUCGAAAGUAUGGUCUCAUCAAUUUGAUAAGUUCUCUUCUUCUUCUUCAAAUCAUGAUUACACUACAAAGAACUGACAACAGUUGCAUUGCUUUUAAUAUUUUCUAUUGUGUGCUUAUUCCCUUGCUUAGCUGUAAAUGGUCUGGUUCUCAUCAACGUGGACUAGGUUCUGUAUAUAAUGUUGUGUCAUUGGGGCAGUUGGACAAAAUUUAGUCACGAUAGACCUAAUUAACGUCUACACUAUAAUGAUUGUAGGAAUCAUUUAUAGCAUAGAUGUGAUGUGCCGUAAAAUCAUAAAUGCCGUAUUGACUGCGAACUGGCAGAUUUUAGUUAAACAUGCUGAUGACAGUUUCAUCACGUGUAUAUGUCUUUAUUUUGUCAUUGAUGCUUUUUUGAAAUUUUAAUGGGCUGAUUCAGUAUAUUCUGAUUUCGUGGGUCCAACCCUAAGCAAGAUUGGACUUCAACCAGGACAAUCCUAAUGCAAUGCAUAUUCCUUCUUCAUGAAUGGGGAUUUCCUUUUGACUAUUGCAGCAUUCUUCUUUCUGUAAUUCUCUCAUGUGGCAAAUGGAGCUUCUAUUCUACAAGUUGCACACAUCUAUGCUUAAGUUCCAUAUUCCUCCUUUCGAUUUAUCGCGUUAAUCUGCAAAUAAGGGUAGCUCAUGCCAUUAUUAAAGCUAGAGAUCUAAGGUUCAAAAAAAUCAUAUUCAUAUUAUAGCCUAUCUCACAAUAAAUUCAUUUGUGUCACAGAAUUAUAACGUUCUCAGCUAUGAUGAUAAGAUUUUGGAUGGUUUUUACGAUCUGUAUGGAAUUUUUUCCGAGUCAACUUCAAUGAAGAUGCCUUCACUCGUUGAUCUUCAAGAAAUACCGGACUCUGAUGCUACCAGUUGGGAAGCUAUACUUGUGAACAGAGCAAGUGAUACUGAUUUGUCAAAUCUUGAGAACAGAGCACUUGUGCUGGCUGUGGAGUCAAGGUCUGUUAGUAAAGAUUAUGAAGACGUUGACUUGGUGCGAAAUCUUGCCAUUAUGGUUGCUGAGUACAUGGGUGGAGCUGUCAGGGAUCCUGAAGUCAUCUCAAAUGAAUGGAGGGACCUAAGCAAUCGCCUAAGAGAAAGUUUUGGGAAUAUGGUGCUGCCACUUGGUCAUUUGACGGUUGGUCUGGCACGUCAUCGUGCGCUGAUGUUUAAGGUUGGUGAGCUUCUUAUAUUUUCACUGAAGCUUUGUUUUUCAUAUCCCUUUAUUUUUUUCAAGAAGAGUUUCGAUUUGGAUUAUGUUUUGCCCAGUUAGAUGUCUUAAUUAUUCUUGAGUUAGUACAAAGAUGUUCUCCACCUGUUCUGUAACAUAAAUUAGAGUGAGACAUAUUUCACAGCUCUCUGGCAAUGUGGAAUUUGGAUUAAAUAAUAAGCCAUAAAAUGACGACAUAAAUAAUACAAAUCAGUUUUACAGACAGUGGAAAUUUUUAAAGACAUUAUGCAUGUCAUAGAAUUUGGUUGUACAUUUGAAGUUGGCAUUGUAAGUUAUUGUCGGUCCCUAAAGUAUCUAAUAAAUCUCUAGUUCUCAUUUAGAAAGAGUACUGAUGUUUGGCAGGUCAAGAACCAAUAAAAGUAAGCCUUAUUUUUAGAUCAUGAAGGCCAAUCACAAGUUCUAUAUUUGAUGUUGUUAUAUUUAUGGAUAGAAAGUCGGAUAGAUUAUAAGAACCACGAAUUCUGUGGCUUAGGAAUUAUAAAGAACGUAAAAAUGAAAAAAAAAAGCUUAAGAUAAUUUCCAAAAUUUACAUUGACAAAAAGAUAUCUGGUUCUAUGGUGAUUAAAAAUUGGAUGACGUUUGAUGCCUCUGUAGGCUGGAGUCUUGCGUUUAAAAGAACUCAUGUCUUAGGGUUGGGUAUCUUAUCAUAUAAGUUUUUCAGGAAACAAAGGAACCGACAUUUUGCUAGAGAACCUUCGCAUCCAAAUUAGUCAUCAAAAUUGUUUGAUAAAGUUUCAUUAAGAACAUUGAAGGUGGUUAUGGAUGUUGGUAAGUGGCAGCAGCAAGGUGAUAAUGAUCAAUUGAAGUUGUGGUUUGCCGUUCUAACACCGUGUGACAACUGUGUUGGUAAAAGACAACUAUAAUUUAGGUGGCUGUGAUGCUUGGUGGAAACUACUGCAAUAAAUGACAAUGAUGGGGUUGGUAGUUUGGUGAGUGGUGGCUGUAGCAACAGUGUCAGGAUGCUAGUGAAAGUUGUAUUUGGAGAUGCUUUCUCAUUUUAUUGAUAAAAAUAUUGAUGCUAAUACAUUAUGUUUCAGAGAUGUUACAAAAGGGUUGUUAUGCAGUAUGGAUCCGACCUUUAACCAUCUUAGAUAUUGAAGUUUUAGUAAAUGUUAUCAGACACACCACUAUCUUGCAGUGGAGAACGUUCUUCGAAAAAUGAUCAUCUUACUGUGAUCGUUAUUCGGGAAGAUGAACAACUAAUCUCAUAUUGUUCAGAGGGGCUUAAUUGGCUCCUCUGCUAAAUGUUGAUCAGUACUGGAAGAGUAAUAUAAUAUCGUUUUGUUGUUGUUGAAACGUUUUGAUCCUGAUUGUGCACAUGUACUAUUGUGGAUCUUAAUGUCAUGUGCUGUCUGAAUACGACACUUGUUUGUUAUUUCCUAUCUUCAAAACAUGUUGCCGCCCCCCCACCUUCCCUCCCUCCAAGAAAUCCCAAUUCAAUAUUUUUAAAUCAGAGAAAUAUCCAAUGUGGAUUUAUGAGGGAUACUCUUUUGGAGAAGUUCAACUUCUUGUCCAGCUGAAAUGUUUUUGAGGUUUUAUUCAACACCCUUUGGAUAAGUGAAGUAAGUAGAUUAUUGCGAAAGAGGUCGCUGUGCUUGAGAAGAAAUUUCUGGAAAUGAGAGUUAAUUUAUGUGAACAAAAUUAUGUGACAAAUAGACGAAGGUGAGGUUGGAAUUCAUUGAAAUGAAACCUAACCAGGGGACUUGGUUAUUAAUUUUUUUUGCAUACGAACUGUGUUAUAGGAUGGACUCUAUGUACACCUAAGAAUGAAUUAAAUGGAUGCAUGUGUACCAUGAUUAGUGUGCGAGGGUUAUUGGCCUAUCAAAUACCUUCAAAUUUAUGUGAAAUUACAGGUAUAGUUCAAGAAACUUAUAUUUUUUAUUUUCAUGCAGCAAACCUGAAGCUGAGAUGUAACUUAUGUUAUUUCAUUUAAGAUUGGGGGAACAAAUCAACCAUAAAUCUGAUCUCAUCAUUCUGUGUCAGUGGAGCUUUAAAUGUAGAUCCAAAAAAUUAUUGACAACAAUGGUAACUGCUGCCAAGCCUCAAAUGGUGCAUGGUGGGAUACGAUUGAUCCUAGUGCAUGUACAAUAGUAAAAGACACUUAUAAGGACGUUAAAACUUCCUUAUAUUUGGUUCAAUUUUGCUAUCUGCAAGACUUGCGAUUUUUUCGUAACAAGGAUUUAAGUCCUCCAUCUUGAGGGGGUUCGACCCAUAGUGUAUGUGGUCUAUGUCAUCUUGGUCUAGAAUUCUUAAAUAUUAUUUAUUUAUUAAUUUCAACAGACAUAUAUUUGUAUAUUCCAAAAGUUUCAACUAUAAGAGAGAUAAUGGCAGAAAAGGAGAAAACAGCAGUUAUACUGAUUGACUCAUUUUUCAUCUAAUCAAAGAAUCGAAGCAGUCUCUAUUAUGCAAUCAAAAUAAUUACUUCACAGUGUCUUUGGCGAUAAAACAACCUAAUGAGAAGUGUUUGAAAUACCAGUAGAACUCAUGAAUGGCUAUCAUGUACAUAUUUCCUUCUAGAGAACCAAUUUGUUCGAUGGUUCUGAAUAAGUAAACGAAGAUAUUCAUAUAUAUUUCUUAUAAAAUUUAUUUUUGGAAGAAUGCCCACUGUCUUAAUGACGGUUAAAUCUUUUUGCAGGUUUUGGCUGAUAGUGUGGGUGUUCCAUGUCAGUUAUUGAAGGGACAGCUAUAUACAGGUUCAGAUGAUGGGGCCGUCAAUAUUGUUAAGAUUAAUAAUGGAAGGUAUUGCUCUGCUCUUCACCAUCUCAUCCCUUGUAUUUUUGCCACCAGAGGUAUCUCACCAUCCUCACAUCUUACAUGGGAGGAGAUCUAGUUGCUAUGAUAGGUUGUGACUGGAAAUAUCAUUUAGUUGCGCUUCUGGUGUCUAAAUUUAUCAAGAGUAUAAAAGAAAAAAGGUGGUCAUUUUUUUGUGUGGAUAUAUUGCUCGUAUAUCUUCUUAUGUAUGUUUCCAUUCUAUCCUUAAAAAAUUAUAUGUUUUUUCUUAAACACGUUUGUUUAGUGAAGAAACAUAUUAUCGGGUUGCCUGUGUCAACUUGGCUGUUUUUGGAUUCUCAUAAAUCAAAUACAUGGGCGUAGUUAAAAGAACUGAACGUUCAGAUAUGCGAUGCCCCAUUCAUGUGGCUGGAAAACCUCAAAUCAUGUACCCAUUUGGAUCAUCUUAUUUAUUGGAAAGUGUAUGUACUUGUUAAUCCAUGACACAUAAAUUCAGGUUUUAAUCAUUUUACGAACUGAUCUAGAAAAAAAUAUUGAUACUUUUGAAAUUUUGAGAUGAUUCUCGUUGAUUGAUUGGUGCUUGGAACAUUCUUCCUUUGAUUUAACAUAUCUGAAACCGUUUCCUUGGAAAAGCUUGUAUUUCUUAAUCCACCUUUUGAUUAAAUGACUGCUUGACUGAGUGAUUUUGUAUUUGAAGCUUCCACUCACGCGGUUUCAUUAUCUCGCCGCUACUCAAUGCAGGGAAUACAUUGUUGAUCUUAUGGCUGAUCCUGGAACACUGAUCCCAACUGAUGCUGGCGUACCUCAGAGAGACGGUGAUAUAGCGACCUCUUCCGUUAGUUCCUCAUUGAAAGAUUUGGAAAAUGCCCAUGCUUCUUCUUUUCCUACUCCAAGUGUUGGCUGCUUCUCUCAGAAUGAAAUGCCGGACAGAAGAUCAUCUAUUACCUCAGAAAAUGAAAGAGGUUAUAUGGUUGCAAUGUCUGAAGGAAAACAAAUCUUGAAAAGUUCACAUGAUAAUUCUUCAAUCCAAUGUCUUAUUGAUGACAGAUCGAAGAUCUGUGAAGACUCAAGUGACUCUUCUAGUAACCAGAGGGUACCAACCCGUAAAGCAUCUCCUAGGCUAAGCCAAGCUUAUUCCCUAGGGAGAUCUCCUUCUUGGACAGAAGGCAUUAGUUCCCCAGCAGUUCGGAGGAUGAAAGCUAAGGAUGUUUCACAGUAUAUGAUUGAUGCUGCAAAAGAAAAUCCACAAUUGGCUCAGAAGCUUCAUGAUGUAUUACUGGAAAGUGGGGUAGUGGCGCCUCUCAAUUUGUUCACCGAAAUUAUUCAUGAGCAACCAGAUUGCGUAGUUUCUGAUGAUGUGAAUCUAUCUGAUAAGCAAGAAAUUGCAAAGAGGAAGGAUGGAACGAGACAAAAGUGUCAAGCUGAUCCUAGUAAUGGUCAGCUUAAUCUGCCUACUAAUGGUGUCCAGCCUAAGGUUUAUUCUAGAUCCCAGGUGGAUCACCUAGAACCUGUGGCAGGUUUGGGUGUUUCUCGACCACUGAAUUUUGGAGUUGUUUCAUCCUCACCUCAAUCUGAAACACCUGUCGAGCUACAAACUUCUCCAGUAAUGUUUAUUAAAAACAUGCCUGUUGCUGCUGCUGCUGCAGCAACAGCAGCUGUGGUCGCUUCUUCAAUGGUUGUUGCUGCAGCUAAAUCAAACUCUGACAAAAAUCUAGAGGUUCCUGUUGCAGCAGCAGCAACUGCCACUGCUGCAGUGGUGGCAGCAACAACUGCUGCUGUCAGCAAGCAAUAUGAACCGUCAGAACUUGUUUGCUCUUCUCUAACUGUUUUUCCAACAGAUGUUGGUCAAAAAUUUUGCGAAGAAGAUGGCACUAGUGAUGAGCAUCCAGUAAUCAAACAAGAAUAUAAUGUUAGUCCUGAUAGUGUGCAUCAUACAACUGAGGGUUAUCAAGAAAUUGAGAGAAGUUCUGACAAAUCUACUGGAUAUGAAAGCACCAAAUCUGAUGUUGCCCUUGAUGAUGUUGCUGAAUUUGAGAUCUUAUGGGAGGAUUUAACCUUGGGAGAGCGAAUUGGACUGGGUAUUUUCUUAAUUGUUUCAUACUACUAUAUUUUCAAGUCUAUAAUUGUUCUCUCGUUAAUGGAAUUUUGUAUUAGGUUCAUAUGGGGAGGUUUUCCAUGGAGAGUUACAUGGAACGGUGAGUCCAAUGCCUUUGUUUCUGAGAUUUCUUUUGAUUUUUAUGUUGAGUUUAUCUCCAAAAUUAAGCUAUUUUCUUUUUUUGGGUAUCCUCUCAUUUAAACGUUUAUAGUCUAAAUGUUUGACAUUGUAACAUUGUUUCCGUCCAGUUUACGGCAUCAAAGUAUUAAGAGUGGUUUGAAGUCAUUGUUGAUGGACCUGAGGAAUUCAUGAUGUUAUAACUAGUGGCAGCGUUGAGAUGUAUUUUCUACUUUGCAUGCUUGACCAAAAUUACUUCUAUCCAGGCUGCAUUGCCUAUUCUAUUUUCACGUCCAAGGCUCAUUCUACAAUAUUCCCUUUCUUUUCACGUCCAUAAGAUUCCCUUUCUUUUCUUGCUAAAAUAUGGGCAAUUCAGUUACAUAUUCUCAUGAUAGGCAUUCCCUGCACUGUCUCAACAUGCAUGCGACUUGAUUGUGCUCUUAUUACAGCAAUGCUGGUGGAAUUUAUUUGGUAACUUCAGCUUUAAUGAGGGGAACAUAGUCUUCAGUGAGGCUAUUAACUGAGUAUUUGAUAACAUUGACAUGGAACAUGAGAUUCUUGGGGCAUCUUUGUUGUACUGGAGUCGUAGACGGAUUUCUGUAAGUUUUGGCGAGAUAGACUUAGUUCUGAAUCAAAGCAUUAACAUAUGAGGAGUUAUAUGGGAUUCAAGGCUCAGAGACUAGUUUAUCUGCUGUUGAAUGGUAAUGUAGAAGUUUAAAAACAGUGCCAGAAAUACUUGUCUAAAGAGUGGCUUCAUUCUCAGCUGUUGAAAAUGGUGGAAUUUGUCUAAAUUUUCUUGGUGCGUUCAUGGAAGCCCUCAUUGUGACUUACGUGAGUAGUGCACCGAAUAUUAUUCUGCAGAGGAAUGAACUUGGUUCAGAAGGACAUGAAUGAGACAAAACUAUAUGAAUUUUAAUAUUCAACAUUUUAGCUUAUUUGCCAUUCAUAUGAUAGCGAGUAGUCAGUCCGUUUUUUUUUUUUUUGUGAUAAUAGUGGAACAUAAAAACAGAUGGUAGCCUCUAGUGUCACAGCUCCUUUGUAUUAUAAGGAUCUCUUCCGUUUAAUUCUUUUUUGGUUGAAGAUUAGUAUAUGAAUCUUGUUGAUGUGCGUUAUUUGUGGGUAAGAAUGAAGCUGGGGGGCAGGAUAUUAAAGAUAGGUUGGGAUGCGUCUUAUAAAAAUGAGAAUAGGGUUUACUGUAUGAAGGAGCAAUAACUUUCCAAGAACAAAUGGCAGUUGUGUUUCAGCGGGGUUACUACAGUGGAGUGUCUGUCAGUUAAGGUGAGUGGAGAUCCCAACAUUGCCGUCUACUAAGAAAGUAGAUAAAUGCUAGAGUCCAUGUGAGAUACACACGUGAGGAUGUUAACAGUACUGUUCUUUUAAGAAAGUAGAUGAACGGUGGAAGAAUGUCUUCUUUGCACGGAAACAUUGAACUGGAGAAUGAACAUCUCAGGAUGCUAACGAAGACAGGCUUUCUGGUGAGACAAAACUAUAGCUUCAUCAAAAUUCUGUUCUGAUAAAACGAGAUAGAGAAUGUGAUCUUAACAUGACUGGAAAUAAAUGUCGCACCAAAAGAGUCAGCUUGCUGUCACCCUUGAAUUCAAUGUCUGCACAUUAAGCCCUCAUACAAGAAUCAAGUGGCGCAGCCUUGAUCCUAUUGGCAAACUGGGGGAGUCUUGACUUGUUUAUCUGCAGUGGCAAGAAGGGAAAUGGCUGAAUAUACAUCCCAUUGCAGACAAUUUUAUGGCGGAGAACUUUUUUUGAUGUCUCCUUGAUAUAGCGAUCGCUGACCCCAUUAUAAUGGUAAGAGCGUGGACAAAAGUACUUCGACUACAAGGACGAUGGUCUUGUCAUGCUUUUCUAUGUCUAUAGUUUACCAAGGUUCUGGGUGAGGACAACAGGAAGGAAAUGAACUUAUUUGAAGGACUUUGUUAUCUUAGGCGACUUUCCUAAAUUAGUUGUGGGUAUGCACAUCAGGUUUUUUUCCCCACCUCAUAAUAUGCAUAGCUUUUGACAAGUACCAUUAUAGUUUAUGGGACUCUUCCUCAGCCCCUAAUAUCUGACAGACCGUUGUGGGUGGCAUGCAGCAUGGUGUUCUGUUGUGGGCUACUUUUUUAAAACUGCUCUGGUUGGACAUUGUGGAGCAGAUAUAAGCAUAGCGCUAUUUGAAAUUUUGAAUGAGGUAGACGUGCAUCUAUAUGCCAGAUUAACAUUACAUUACGUAAUAAUGUGCAAUUACCGGGUGAUUGUGAAGAUAAGUUUUGUAAACGAUUGAUUGUUUCAUCUUCCUGAGGGGACUGCUCCUUAGCAGAGUAUUCAGUUCGUAGAUCGGUUUACCAGUUAUGUCUGUUUCAUAUUUCUAUGUGAUGUCUAAAUGUUCGGCUCUUUAUUUUUCUCAGGAAGUCGCUAUUAAGAAAUUUUUGCAGCAAGACAUUUCAGGGGACGCUUUAGAAGAAUUCAGAAGCGAAGUAAUUGACUAAUCCGCUCUUGGCAUUCUUUGUAGAACUCCAGUAUUCAUGUCAAUUCAAACUUUCUCCUGACCCAAUGUAUUUGGUGGCUCCUUAGAAAAUCUAUGGUUCUGGUUCUUUCUUUCCUCCUUGCUUGUAUGAAUUAAGAGCUAAAUUUUGUGUAAAAAUUUGUACGUGCUGUUAUGUUAUCUGAGUACAUUUUUUUAUGGUGAAUUAGCUGAGAAGUUUAGAUCAUACCUUGAUCUCAUUAAUCAAAGAAUUCCUAUACUUUUUCAUAUUAUUCUAAAUUAUUGUAUAAAUACUUUUAUGAUUAUUUACUCAUAAAAAAUCCUAAUUUAUAAUUUUUUGCUGUCGUAGUCAUUAUCUCAAUAACUUCGGCUCUUUUUUUUUAAUUACUUUCUUAAUUUUCUGUUGUUGUUGGUCGCAAGUUUUGAUUGAACUGUGCAUUGGCAUUGCUUUCCUUCAGUAGGAUAUGCCACUUUAGUAGGUCUACUAAGCAUGAAGCCUUUUCUUCCGUUUCUUGGUUAUGAGUCUUUGGAAAAUCGUUCACAUGUCAUUUUUUGUUGUUGAUAAGAGAUGUCACACUUCUGAAGUACGGAUUUGAAUACUUUGCUGUUGGCUUUUAACAAAUGGGUCGCAGCUGCCUUGCAAAAAAUUUCAUCGAAGAGCUAUUCUAACUGUGACACAUAUUCUACCAAAUUUUUUACUUUUAAUUCUUAUAUUAUUUGACUAGCAGUGAUUAUUGUACAUUACUGAGUUUUUAUUCAAGGGUUAUGGCUGCUACAGUUAUACGUGCAGAACAUCACUAUUCAUGAGAUGUAGGGCGUUUAUGUAUGAUUUCUUGAAUUCAGUGUCUUCCUCCUGGAAUUGUAGCUUAAAAGUGACAUAAGAAGCGAGAAAACAUGUGAUGUUGUAGGAGUGCGGGAAACGAAGAUAGAGAGCAGAAUGAAUUAGUAUUAGAUGGUUCAAUGAGUCCAAUUUGACAUUCUUAGCCAAUCUGAUGUAUUUCAGUAAGCUCAUGGUGUGGUAGGACAAGAAAUGGAAAAUUUUCUGAAGAGAGAGAAAGUAGCCUGCCUUCUGACAUCACCAUUAUCCCUACUUUUUCUUGAGCGUUCCUUCGCUCUGCCUGAUGCACUACGAUUAUUACCACUUUUCUCUGUCAUUCCAAUGCAAGGCCCUGACAGCUGUGAAGUAGCCGGAUUAGAGCAAUUGAUUAGGCAAAAUUCUUUUAUUUACGUCCUUGAACACCUGCACUGUAUAGACAAGUGUAUUUCUCACUCUCACUGUUCCUCAUCAGAAUCAAUGCUCUGUAUUCGUUCUUUUUUGAGAUGGCUUCUGCCACUUGACAAUAUAAUAACUAGCGAAAAAUACGAUUUAGUGAAACAGAAGACAAGGAGGGAGAAAAAAAGCAAAUACUAUUAUAAGAAGAAAAGGUGCUCCCCUUCCCAUCCAACUAGGUGGUAGAUGAAUAACAGGAAUAAGAUAAAACCGCAGGUUUUUCCUUUUCUUGAUCGUUAUCAGAAAUACUAGUCACUUGAAAAUCAUCCCCCAUUUCUAUUUCUCCUGAUAAGUUGAAUACAGCAUGUCUUUGUUGAUUGUGUCUGGAAUGUUUCUGAAAUCUGUUGGAUCUUUCUGUUCUGUCUCUCUAGCUAGGGCCCAUGAGAUUAGCGGUAAGAGAUGUUUUCCACCAAUCAAGAUCAGCAGUAGUUAGGCGUAAAGAAAACCAAAUUUUCUGCAAUUUGAUCCCACGAUUUGAAAAUGGACCAUAUUUUUGAAUAAUCUUCGAUGACAUGUUAAGGCCACACCUCUCAAAAGGUUGACUCAUGGUAUUGUUAUGCAAAUGAGAACAAAUAAAUUUCUUAUGGAUAUUAGACCUGAAAAUUUUAUUUAUGGAUGUGGUUUGUAUCUUUUUAACUAGUUUCCAAAGAAGGUUUUUUUACCUUUGAUGGAUGCUUAUUGUUCUGAACUGCUCUCCAUAGCUUAACUCUACAUUUUCUGUCACCGUAAGUUUUUACAAAUGUAAUUCUUAUUUUUAAUUUCAGAUAUUAUUGUCUUGCUUAAAUGCGACCUUAGCAUGUUGCUUCCAUUUUUGUUUCAUGAUAUUCAUUCAUGUCUCUACCCGUGAUGCUUCUCUUGCAAAAUUGUCGCAGAAUUUUGUCCCCUGCACAUGAAGUCUGUUCUUCGCAUAGCAAUUUGUUUUGAAGUUUUCUAAUCUAAUUUGUUUUUUGUUUCUUAACUGUUGUAUUUUUUGGGAAUUUGGAUGUUACAUAGCAACUAAAAGUACAUCUUUCUUUCCUUAGGUCCAGAUAAUGAAAAGAUUACGGCAUCCCAAUGUUGUUCUCUUCAUGGGAGCUGUUACUCGUGUGCCGAACCUUUCCAUAAUUACUGAAUUUCUUCCUAGGUAUGCUCGUACUUUUUGGCCUAUUUAAGUACGUUUAGCAUAAUGCAACACAAAUUAAUCAAAUUUUGGAAUCGCAGAGCUAAUAAAAUCCAUGAUAAAGUCAAGUUAUAAUGCGCAGAAGGCAUAAGUUCUGUACUGUUCUGUACAUAAACAGUGCAAAGUUACAACCUUGGAAAACAACUAGCAUCAUAAACGGUUCUGUACUGUUACUCUACCCUCUAGCCUCUCUCAUAUUCUUGUCGGUCCCCAAUUCCUGAUGCUUGGCCUGUGAUUCUGCCCAUAUGUAACCACAGUUGUACCUGUCUUCAGUUUUUAAUUUGUUGUCAACUUUAAGCACGCUAUAAAAAUACAGAAUUCUUUUUUUCUUGGUCAGGUCCUAAUUUUCUCUGCCACUAGUGUGGGAGAGAAAUCCGGCCCGAUUUCCUAGUUAUCCUCCAGCGAUCCAUUCAGAGCAUGUCCUCAAAUUUACAGCUUCUUUUUUAUUCGUACAGUGAAUCAAAGUUCUCACUUCUACCCAGCCAUUAUUAAAACGAUAAGCAUCUAUUCCCACGUAUGUACCCUCAACAUAUUGGCAUAUAUCUGUACUCUCCUCAAAUUCUUAGUUCAUAUACAUUUCUUUAUGCAAAUGAUCAUACACGCUUAUGCAUUUGUCUGUGUGAAACAUGUGUUUAGUUAUAGGCAUUAUGUACAGUCUCGCAUGGGAGCACUAUCCUUGAAUUAAUACAGAAAGCUCUCCACUCUCUAAGGAACAUCUCUGCUGUUUGUCAUAUCGAAGGAUAUGCAUUCAAUUUGGAUCCAAGGAAGGCAUUGAUAUAGGGAUUAAAGUUACCUGUCAACGUGAUCAAUGAAGACCAGCUAUAGAAGCCCUGCUGCCUUUCUUCCUUUUUCUUCAACUUCAUUUUUUUCUUAUCCUCUCACGUUCUCCUGGUGCUGUAAGAGAUUUCAGUCCUAAGAGAGCAUUAUCGGCAAAGCUUAUAGAUAACAUUUCGAUAAAGCAGCCCAAUAGGCCCACCUUUGGAAAUUAUUUAAGGAAAUCUCCAAAUCUCAGUUGCUUGAAGCGUUGUUGAGUGGAAGAUUGUUACCCUCCGUGGAAACAUUUCCAGGACUUCACAAUUUAUUUCCAGGACAUCUCCAAAUUCCACGUCUUGCAAUCUCAGUUGAUUUUUUUUUUUCCUAUCCUUUUUCGAACGCUACCUCACAAUUUAUUCCACAUCAUGUUAUAUCUUAAUCCUCCAUAUGUCAUGUAUUCUUAGCAAAACGUGGGGAAGGGGUAGUUGGCGACUUUAGAUUAGAAAAUCUUUUGUCAAAGUCAACAUGUUGGGGUUUUUUUCCUCUUCCAUCGUGGUAAAUUACUUGCUAAUAAUAAUAAUAGCUCCAGGCACAUGGACUCCCUUCCUGUUGCAUAUAUUUAUUCGCACUCUUUGUUGGUUCACUUUCCAAAUAUGCUAUCAUUCUUGUAUAAUAUGGCACUCUUUAAAUUAUUUAGUGAGCUGUAAAGUGCUGCAUAUCAUGUGUUCCAGGGGUAGCUUGUUUAGGCUAAUUCACAGGCCUAACAAUCAAUUAGAUGAAAGAAGACGUUUGAGGAUGGCACUUGACGUGGUAUGUUUUUAGUAGUUUCUGUGCAUUGAUUAUCGGACAAAUAGGUCUGGAAUCUCCGCUAUCCGGAUGCUAUGCCCUUUUUAACAUGCUCGGGAUGGUGGAUUGAAUAUCAGGCCCGUGGGAUGAACUAUCUGCACAACGGUACUCCUACGAUUGUGCACGGGGAUUUGAAGUCCCCUAACCUUCUCGUGGACAAGAAUUGGGUUGUAAAGGUAAUGUCACGGCAACCCAACACCCAACAUUCAGAUUUUUCCUAGAUUUAAUCUCUCCACCGACACACAGGUUUGCGAUUUCGGUUUAUCUCGAAUGAAGCACAGCACCUUUCUUUCGUCAAGAUCAAUGGCUGGAACGGUGAGCAUCCUCCACGUCCCAUUAUCCCUGUCUUUGGACUUUUUUCAUGCCAAUGUAUUCUUUCUCCUUUGCAACUUUUGUAAAGAUUUCACAAAAUUUUGAGAACGGUGUGCUUAUAUACCAUCCAUUUGUUCAGGGUUCUUAGUCAUCAUCAACCCUUGAUCCAUGCUUGCCUUCUAGAUGCAUCAUCUGGAUCAACGCUAGCUCAUUGCAUAAGGAAAAAACUUUUAUUGUCAAUAUUAGAAUAACCAAUUUUGGUAAAGAAAAAAUCAGAAUUGAUGGCUCCUGAAGCAAUUUCUUCCUGCUGGAGAACUUUGCUAAUCGGGCAAGGAAAAAUAUUUCAUGAUCUUCCCAGUCACCAAUGGUUCAAGGUGAAGUCGGUGACAAAGUAGCAGUAACUUCAUGGAUCUUUGGUGAGGAAGUGAAGUCGGCACAUACACACAUGAUAUGCUGUAAUCCAUUUUCUCGGUGGAAAGGAAGAAAUAAAUAGAAAUUAAAAAUAAUAAUCUCAAGCCUUAGAUCUCUCAUUGUCGUCGGGGAAGACAUCUGAGAAGAUCUGAUGCUAACAAAACUCUCCCAUCUUUUCUUUUAAUAGCAUCAUUUUUGAAACUGUGAGAUAAUUUUGAAGGGCCAUGACAUGGUUAGCAAUGUCUACUCCAGAUAACUUCGACGCCUCCGCUGGAUUUAUUGACAGAACAGUGCUCCAGUGAUAAAUUGAUUUCUCAUGGAUCAACUUGUUCAAUACCGGCGUUCCAAGUAUAAAUCGAUUUUUCAUGGAUCAACAUUGCUUUUCAUAGAAAAAAUGUCUCAUUCAUAACGCAUGAAGCACACAGUCUGUCCGCUCCUAGGUGUCGCCCGCAGCAUCCAUCUGACUAUAUCUUCAAGCUGAGAUUUUGCCCGAAAUGGAAAUUACUCACGAAUUUCAACCUUCUCCUCUGUAUCCAGGCCGAGUGGAUGGCCCCUGAAGUGCUGCGUAAUGAACCCUCCGACGAAAAGUAUGCUCUAUAAUCCUUUUUUUUUUUUUUUUGGUUCCCACUGACGAAGAUCAGCUCCUCCUGGUUACUUUUUAUCUAUUUUUAGUGUGUUACAAGCCCGCUGAAGACCUGUGGAUGCCGUUUCAGGUGCGAUGUUUACAGCUUCGGGGUCAUACUGUGGGAGCUUUGCACCCUACAACAGCCCUGGGGGGGGAUGAACCCCAUGCAGGUCGUCGGCGCCGUCGGGUUCCAGCAGCGGCAACUUGACAUCCCAGGGGACGUUGACCCCGCCGUAGCAGACAUUAUAAUGAAAUGCUGGCAAACGUAAGUACUCAUUUACCCAAUUUGAUCAUUUUCUUCUCGAACAUAUUGUUUCUGAAUCACCCACCUAAUCAAGUCAACGCAAAGAUUGAAAGAGGUGGCGAUCCUCAUCGUUAUCCUCUUCCUCUGGUUUUCUAAAUCUGAUGUCUGAUGUCUGAUGAUGUCCAUGUCCUGUUCGCUUUUUUCUUUUAUUUUCUUCUCUCUCUCUAGUAAUAGGAAUGAUCCUCAUCAUGCUUGAUUUCCUCCAUGGUUGAGGCAUCUGAUAUGGCUGAUACUUUGUUGGGCUCCAUGUUUGUUUCCCUUUUCUCGUUGACCACAUUAAAUGCAUCAUGUGAUGUAGAGUCAAGCCCCCCUCCCCCCCCCAUUGGGUUCUUCUGCCUGCCCCAUUUCCUUGGAUUUUGUGGGCCCACAUGUUUCUCUCUCUCUCUCUCCUCUUUCUGCAAAGGAACCCCUCAGUUGACCACAUUACCCAACAUGAAACAGAUAAAAAUCUCCAUGGAUCUUGGUUUCCGAUUUCCCCCGAGGCGAAUUCUUUGAUCAGCCGAUCGGAACCUACCAUCAUCCCCCCUAAGAUUAACAUAUAUACAUUAUAUAUACAUGGAUCCUUGAAAACCAUGCUCCCAGUGGAGCAUAAUUCCUAUAUUUUUCAACCUUCAGCGCGUAUUUUUAUUUUUUAAUCUUAAUUUUCAUGGUCAAUGGGUUCCACUGUCCUUGCAGGGAGCCGAAGCUGCGGCCUUCCUUCUCGGAGAUCAUGGCCGCCCUGAAGCCGCUGCAGAAGGCUCUGGCCGGCGGCCAGACGCUUCUCCGGCGCCACCAGCAGCGGGCCCCGCCCAGAGGGCCUCCGGUCUAA